AUCAGAGUGCGACGGCAGCCACAGCACUGCGUCCAUCCGCAUAUUUGAAUAAGUUUUCUUAAACUGCAUCGAUCGUUUAUUACAACUUUUUUGUGUCACAGCUAAGACAAGAUGACAUUGCAGUGGACUGCUGUCGCUUCUUUCCUCUAUGUUGAGAUUGCUGUUUUAAUCAUCUUCUGUUUGCCCUUCAUCUCUCCUCGAAGAUGGCAGAGGAUUUUCAGGUGGAACAUCUGGAAUUGUCUUUCCCAAUACGCAAAUAAAGGAUUUCUCGCCAUGAUGAUAAUCCUCGUUGUUCUUUUUCUCGAUGCCCUUCGAGAGGUGAGAAAAUAUUCUAGUCCUGACCAGACCAAAGAUGCCAAAAUGCACCCAAACACCUUUGAUCACGUGCACAUGAAGCUCUUCCGAUCCCAGAGGAAUCUUUACAUCUCGGGUUUCUCACUUUUCCUGUGGCUUGUCUUGAGGCGUGUUACAACUCUUAUUAACCAGUUGGCCUCGGCCGAGGGCACCAGCACCGCCCUUCAGACUCAGGUUGAAAAUGUAAACCAGGCUGCCAAGAAAUACAUGGAGGAUAAUGAGCUGCUCAAACAGGCACUUAAAGAAGCAGAAGGUGAAGGAAAAGGAAAGACAGGAGACUCAGAAGAGACUAAAGCCCUGGAGACCGAGGUGAAUAAUCUGACAGGACAGCUGCAGAUCUGCACAGAUGCCCUGAAGAAAUCAGAGUCAGAAUUAGAUGCCAUGAGAAAACAAACUGAAGGAGUCUCCAAAGAAUAUGACCGGCUGCUAUUGGAACAUCAAAAACUUCAGAAUCAGUUGGACAGUGGAGACAAAAAAGAUAACUAAACCAGUCGACCCACCAAUACUCACCUGUACAGAAAAGUGCUGGAUGAACGGCGUAUCCUGCAUUUACAUGCAAUGACAACACAGGUUAUGUUAUGAGUUCUCAGGUCUGAAUCCUUUGUGACAUCACUUCCUGCUCACUUGUAUUUUUCUGGCUUUUAUAAAUAAAUAUAUAUUUUUCUUUGGGUCUGGUUAUGCAGAACUGCUUUUGAGAUAAGGAGUUAAGCUUGUAAAAUAACCGUCAGACAGAAAUACAGCAUCUGCUCAGAGUGAAUGUAAUUUGGGUUCAUGAUGGUUUUAGGUUAUUGAAUUAUGCUUACAUGCUGCAUUGAUAUAACUCGUGUCAUUUUUCUUUCUGUGAAUGAUUCUUUUAUUUUUUUGGUGAACAGCAAACGCCAUUUAGAAACACAACACACAAACUUAAGUCAGAGUAACACUUGUAGCUGUGUGAUAUUGCUUUAUACCAUGAAGAACUUUUACUAUAUUUAAACUAUAUCAUUUUUUAAUUCAUAUCUUCUUUACAAAGAAAGAUCUUUGAUGCACAUCUGUUCUUAUAUAAUCCAUCUGGUUGCAUAAGGAAUCUAAGAUCACAUACAAGCUACAUCAGUCAGUUGAGUCAUUUUAAUUUAGAUAACAGAAAAACAAUAGGUAAUACUGUAGAUAAACACAUCACAUUGAGACUCUUUUGAGUGAGAUUUAUCAAACACAUGAUAGUUUCUUACUUUAAGAUCAAUUGAGGUAGCUCUAUCUCUGUGCUAUUGAUCCAUAAACUUCCACCUGCGGACAACAUUGUUGUGGGUCAAGGAAACCUGCAUGUAUCAGAUUUCACCCCAAAACAAAAAAAAAUCUUCAUAAAAUCUUCAGAAUUUUUGCAUUGUUUUUCCCAUAACAAACAUUGCUUAAUGUGGUUGUUGUGAAAAAAUCACAGUGAUCCACAGUGAAAAGGAAACAAUUGUCUUAAAAAAAAUCAUUUCGGGGUGUAAUGUGGACAGGUUUUUCUGACCUCCACCGUGCUUCUGGAUAUUUUAUUUGACAAGUCACUGAUAAGUCACAAAACGUAUGACAAAGAUUAGGCUUACAGAAAGAUUAAAAGAUUCGACCUGUGCUGUGGGGUUGUUUAUCUGUCUAAGGAAAUGCAGGAUUUAUUUUCGUAUGCUAAGAAUAAGCCAUAACCAGCUGUCUGCAGCGUUUUAAUAUUUUGAUCUAUUUAAAACUCCUUCUACACCCUCUUCCUCUUCUUCAUCUGUCUAUCAGACAACAUAAAAUAGUCUGAUAGUCUGAACUGAGCAGCACUUAAUAGCAGAAGAGGUGGGAAAAUGAUGAAGAAAAAUGAAAAGUUAAAAUUAUAUUGACUCUCUUGCCAUUGCUAUGCAACUUUGUUAGUUAUACAGUAAAAUCUUUCAUUAGCUAAUUUCUAAUAAGUUGAUAAUGUUUACUUUGAAAUGUUCUGAAUUGUCUUAAAACAAUAAAGAGGGGAAUGUUUGUCUUUCCUGUAUUUUGUGACAUUGACCGAAAAUGAAAUGUGAUGAGGGUUAUUUUAUGGGUGUGAAGCGUUCCCUGUUUUAAGUGCCUCAGAUGAACGGCAAGUUGUUUACGUUAAGCUGUGAUUGUUUGUCACUUUGUUUUCACAAUUAAAAUUAUACUGCUGCCA